ACAGCUUCUGGGUAGACUCAUACGUUUGUUGUGUACGAGAUGCUAUUGGAUUUUUAAAAGCGAUUAAAAAUUCAUUUUUUGUGAUAUAGCUGUGAGAUUUACGUGAGUCGGAUGAUUUAUACAUCAUGGCUGAGUAUCUGGCGUCAAUUUUCGGUACCGAAAAGGAUAAAGUAAAUUGCUCGUUUUAUUUCAAAAUAGGAGCUUGUCGACACGGAGAUCGAUGCUCGCGAAUUCAUAACAAGCCGACUUUUAGCCAGACAUGUUUGCUACAAAAUCUUUAUGUAAACCCCCAAAAUUCUGCAAAAAGCGCCGAUGGAUCUCACUUGGUUGCAAAUGUAUCGGAUGAAGAGAUGCAAGAGCAUUAUGAUAACUUUUUUGAGGACGUUUUCAUCGAGUGUGAGGACAAGUAUGGUGAGAUCGAAGAGAUGAACGUAUGUGACAAUCUUGGCGACCAUUUAGUUGGGAAUGUCUACAUCAAGUUUCGCAGGGAGGAGGAUGCAGAAAAGGCAGUCAAUGACUUGAACAACCGUUGGUUUGGCGGUAGACCGGUUUACGCUGAGCUUUCGCCCGUUACCGAUUUCCGCGAGGCAUGCUGUCGUCAAUACGAAAUGGGCGAGUGCACCCGCUCUGGAUUUUGUAACUUCAUGCAUUUGAAGCCUAUCUCUCGAGAACUUCGUCGGUACUUGUACAGCCGAAAGAAAGGUAAGGGUCGAUCAAGAUCACGAUCGAGGUCGCGAGGUCGUGAUCGCAGGAGAAGAUCUAGAUCCCGCGAAAGAAAAUCCAGAUCUAGGGAUCGGCGCAAGGGAAGAGACGAAAAAGGCAGGGACGGCAGAUCUGGUCGCUACUAAUAACAUCAUUUCAUCAAUGUAUUCGAAACAUUUUCUGUUUUUAUCUGUUAAUGUGUUAUAUUCCAGUCUCAUCUGAAUUUAUCUCAUUUGAAAUUAUUUUUAAAUAUUUCUUUAUCAUAUACACAAACAUAUAACAAAUAAAAGAUAUAUAGAAACGUAAUACAUUAAAUAAUCGAGUUUCUUCAUAUUCAUUAAAGUUUUGUCAUUGUCGCUUACCAAAAUGGUAUAUUGAUGUAAGUUUUGUAAUCGCGGUAUAGACUACACAAUAAGUGCUAAGUGUCAAAUGUAUUUUUGCAAUAGGAUGUAAUUAUAUUCUUUGUGUAUUAUUCAAUUAUUGUUCACAAUGAUUGACAUAAGAUUGACAUGUGUAUUCAUAAAAUUUGUGUACAUUAAAGUUUGAAUAAAAAUGUAUUGGCUGUGUC